AUGGAACACGGUUUGUGUGUUGACGACAAGGGGUGGAGAGCAAUUCACGGGAAAAGGACAGAAGAGCUCCUUAGGCAACCACAGGCAGCAUGUUUUGGUACUCCACAGCCUCGUGAGGUGGAAGGAAACGGCACACGGUUGCCGCAAGCCUUGGCGGCCGACUUGAGGAACCCUGCAAGCCCCCCAACGCUCGAAAGCUCGAGCUUUUCCAACGAAGAAACUGCAGCACCAAACUUCAGGAUCUCAUUAAGUGGACCUCAAGUGAGUCUGAAAAGGCAAAUUGCACCUCCUGGCAAGCAGGACUUUGGGGAAGUUUUGCAGCACCGCUUUGCCACUGCAGAUGCGUGCAGCCCAGAAAGAUGCAAACACCAUACUGGUGUGAGGGCGCCAUCUUGUCUUCAUCGUGAUCAGCAUGACAUGCGAGGUAUUAUCAGCCAUUCUUACGUGAUUGGUGAUGCGGCAGUACAUUCACACCGCCGAACAUCUCACGUCCACGCCGCAGAGAAUCCAUGUCGCUGGGGUGUUGAUGUCCUCAACUACCAGCUCCCGGAACCGCGGAAGCUAAGGGGAACUGGAACAGAAGAAAACUUGGGGGCUGGGUUGAUCCCUAGGCAAAGCUUUGAUGAAUUUUCAAGCGCUCAGAGAAGAAUGAAGAGUCUGACACACCAAAAUUACAGCCGAGGGCAUCUCGAGCCGUCUACUUUGUACCCAGCUGAACCUAGCUCCUUCAAGUUUGCUCAGGGCAAAAGGAGAAGCAAAGUGGAAUGCGAUAAUCUUGACGAUGGUUUGAUCCCCUCUGUUGGGCCGGAUAUUUGCAGAAAACGAUGCAGCGACCAGUGGCAUAUGCACAGUCUUCAUAUAGACCUAACACCACAGACUACCCCGACGGAGAAGACGGGACGGCGUCCGCAUCCGGGAUGGCAGCGAGAUUCGCUACAAAGAGGUUCACUAAUGCCUCUGUAG